CUCGUAGCUCAGACCACUCCGAAUUAGAACAAUGUGCUCGCUUUCACCCCGGAACUCCUGAGGAUGAAACUCAGUUACUUGAAAGCGAGUAUCAGACUACGUUUCCCAUGAGCACACGCCACUCUUGGCCCACCUAGCGCCUGAUCUCUGUGGACGGUGGCUGGAAAAGGACAAUGGUUUCCAUGUCAGCGGGUAAACGCUCUCACUUUGGCAUCUGGACCUGGGAGAACGCAGAACUGAGUGCGUGCUGAGGAGCGAGGGAGCCACUUAAAGGAGCAAUAACCAUGCCACGCCGGGGCCUAGUGGCUGGGCCAGACUUUCAGUAUUUCCAGCGUCGAUAUUUCACGCCCGUCGAGGUAGCUCAACACAACCAGCCGGAAGACCUCUGGGUGUCUUACCUGGGAUAUGUAUAUGACCUAACGCCAUUGGCGCAAGAGUACCAAGGAAAUCUGCUGCUGAAACCCAUCCUGGAAGUUGCGGGCCAGGACAUCAGCCACUGGUUUGACCCCAAGACCAGAGACAUCCGCAAGCACACAGAUCCGCUGACUGGUUCCCAGAGAUACCGCACCCCUCGGGGCCGCUUUCUGCACAUCCCACCUCAGCUGCCCCGUUCCGACUGGGCCAAUGACUUCGGGAAGCCCUGGUGGCAGGGGUCACGUUAUGAAGUGGGGCGGCUGUCAGCCAAGACCCGGAACAUCCGUAUAAUUAACACGCUUACGUCGCAGGAGCACACACUGGAGGUGGGGGACCUGGAAUCAAUGUGGGAAAUCCUACACCGCUAUCUCCCCUAUAAUGCACAUGCUGCCAGCUACACAUGGAAAUAUGAAGGGAAGAACCUGAACAUGGAACAUACUCUGGAAGAGAAUGGGAUCCGGGAUGAGGAGGAAGAAUUUGACUAUCUCACUAUGGAUGGUGCACUCCACACACCUGCAAUACUGCUCUACUUCAAUGAUGACCUCACAGAGCUAUAGGAAAGGAGAUAUAUGCUGAUGUAGACUCAAGACAUAUUUUGAAUUUGGCUGUUUCUAUACCCUAUAGGAAAAGAGAUGGGGACUGGGUGGGGAGGUGUGCCUGGACCUUGACCUCCAUUUUACUCUGGGAACUGGCCUGUGGUUCCCAUGCCCUUCUGAAACGUAAAGGUCUGAUUCUCCAGGUCCAUUAUAAUUUACUCUGAAAAAGUUAGGGAGAAUGCUAGAAAUUAAUUUUAAAAAAUGAUACAAGAAGACAAAGUAUCUUGGAUUAGGAAAAUGUAGCAUAGUCAGAUAAGAACUCAGGCAGAACUUUUUGAUAAUAAGAUAAAGAGAUGUCCUACACAGGACGAGGGAUGGAACAACUUUUUUUGGCAAAGAUGGAAAUGGGAUGGCUGCAGGAAAAUGGUGUUUACAAAGACAAAUAGAAAAUACCUAUCACUGGCCAUAUAAAGCUGGCUAAUCUUUCUUCUGAAUAAUAUUUGGCAGCUGAAACCCAAGGGGAAGAGUGGAAGUGAAUGGUUGUCAGGGAUUUCAGGUUAGAUAUUUUACUAUGUGCUUUAUACACCAUAUUUAAUUUAACUACCCAUUACCACUAUUCUCCAGAUAAGUGUUUUGAAGUUUUGCAAGAUUUAAUAGCACAAAGGCAUACUAGUUAGUAACCAAGUCAACCCAAUUCCAAAGUCCUUAUUGCCCAUAUUGACACUUUGGCCCUGGCUGGUGUGGCCCAGUGGAUUGAGUGCUGGCCUGUGAAUCAAAAGGUCUCCUGUUCAAUUCCCAGUCAAGGCACAUGCCUGGGUUCGGGCUGGGUCAUGUGAGAGGCAACCAAUUGAUGUUAUCUCUCGCACAUCACUCCCUCUCUUUCUCUCUCCCCUCUCUCUCUAAAUAAAUAAAGUCUUUAAAGUAAAACCCAGAGUGGGACACUUUGGAGUAAAAGGGAGGCAAAUGGCACAGGAACAUGAGAAGAACAUGAGAAAGGCAGGGUUGACUUUGCAAGAUGUUGAUUCUACAAAUGAGGGCUUGACAGGGGUAAAGAGGAGCUAAGUAAGUCAAAACUCCUGAUGACCAAGAGAACAACCAUAUUACAACCAUAUUUGGUCCCAUUUAACCUCAUCAUAAGGAAGGAGAAUUAGAAUAGCAAGUGAAUUUCCUGACAGUAGUGGGCAAAAAGGAAGCAGGGAGGGAAUAGUGCACCUUCCUGAUGUAAGGCACUAGGGCCCAGAGAAAGGGUGGGCUGCACAGGAGUUUUUUGAGGGGCCAUGAAAGAUAUGGGCAAAGGUGGAGACAUCUGUAUUGGCUUCAGCAGUAUCUGAAUACACUGUGAGACUGAGGGCUUCCAUUCAGUCCCAUAUAAUGCAAGAGCUUAUGAAUUAUCUGAGUUGUUCUGAUGUUUAAUCAAUUCUGCAAUGCUUUCAUGUGUAUCUUGUUUGCUCAUUUAAACAGUAGACUAUUUGAGAACCAAAGCUAUGCUGUUUGCUGUGGACCUGUGCUGUCCUCAGGGCCUGUGCCUAUGGGAUCUGUCCCCUUUCCAGCGUCUCCUACUUCAGUACCUGUUGCCAGAAACAGUCCUCUCCUCACACAUCCAGUCACUCUCUAAGUACACUCUAACUCAUAAAUAUCUCUGGAAUUUGUCUUGUUUUUUUUUCCAAGCUAUCAUCACCUCUGUGUUAAAACUAUGGAUGUAAUUGGCUGGCCGGCUGGCUGCUAGAUUGUAAGCUCCUGAGGACAGAUCAUGUCCAUCUUAUUCAUCCUGCUGUAUUCCCAAUGUUAGGCACACAGUUGCUGCUCAAUAAAU